CAGGCCUAGUGGCCGCCAUGAAGGAAAGAGAAUAGGAUCCUCAAAAUCGUCAAAAAUUUAAUUUUAUGACAAGAAAGCGGUGUUAAUAAAUUCGAAACGAUUAAAAGAUGGUAUCCGCGUAUUUUGCAUUAAAAUUAAUAAGACGACAAAGACGUGCUCGGCAGAAGAAAAGGACUGAACAUUGGCAAAGUGAAAAUACGAGCACCAUAGAAUUGUCUACUUUAUCAAGUGCAGAAAAAUGCAGGAUAUGUUUAAAAGUAGGUAAAAUACCUAUUUACAAUAAAGACACUCCAGAAUUAGUGGAUCAGAUUAAAACGUUUGGAGAUAUUGAAGUUGAUGAAAAUGAUAGUUUCCCUAAAUUUCUGUGCGAUGUUUGUUACUCUAGGCUUCAAAACGCAGUGUUAUUUAGAACAUCUGCUAAAGAAACUGAUGCUCUACUAUGUCAGAACACCAAUAUUGAAACAUUUGAGUCUGAUAACAUUUCUAAUAAUGAUAUUAAGGAUUAUGAAAUGAACAACAUAAAAAAGAAAUAUAAGUGUAAAUUACGUAAACAAACAUUUAAAACAACAGAUGAGUACCAUGCACAUGUGAAUUCCAAACAACAUAGACAUGUCCGUGUACAAUGCCCAGUUUGUUACGGUUUAUUCACAGCACAUUUAUAUGAGAGACAUCUAGCACGUCAUCAAUCUGCCUCACAUUUAAUAUGUGAAGUCUGUGGCAAGAUGUAUAGAAAAGACAACUUGAUACGUCACCUUAAGUUACAUAGUUUUGAAUUGCCUUAUCAUUGUAAAAUGUGCCCAUAUAGGGGAAGAUCUACAGAGUCUCUCAAAAUACAUAUGCGAACACAUACAGGGGACAAACCAUAUUCAUGCGAUAAAUGCCAGUUACGGUUUUUGACACGCUGUAAUCUCAGUAGACAUCUUUUGACACACCAAAAGGAACGACCUUAUAAAUGUUAUGAAUGUGGAAGAGGGUUUUAUAUAAAACGUGACAUGGAAAUACAUGUUAGAUCAGAUCAUGCCGGUAUAAAAGAAUUUGGAUGUAUUUUGUGCGGUAAUAAAUAUGGUACAAAGAAAGCUUUGAUGAGACAUGAAUUGAGAGUUCAUAAGAGACAGAAAAUGGCAAAAGGACGUAUGCCUUUGUAUUUACAGGCUGAAUAUAGAAAGGAGAAUGAAUCUUUGUAAAUACAUGACUCGUAAAAGUUUCAAGGAAUUUUAAACCUUAAUAUUUUAACUGUUACUGUUAUAACUGUAUGGAUUAUUCAGGCUGAAAUAAAAUAAAGUAAUUAUAAAUCAUAAUACAUUGAAACUUUAUUUGUAAUAUCAAGAUACAUAGUGUGUUAUUACUUAAAACCAGUGCUACUUAUUUAUAUAUUCAAUACAAUUAGUUACCAAUUUGAGGAACUAUAGAUAGAUACAGAAAAUUUCACAUCCUUGUUGAAAUAAGUUACGAAAAUAUAAUUUGAUAUUUGUUGGCAUAGGAUUACAAAAUCUAC